UGAUUCGAUCGCCCAAUUAAAAAAUCUCUCUAUAAAUAGAGGACAACCGCAUUCGUCACCAGGCUAGGGUUACAAAGCGGCUGCUGUUUCUUCUUAGUCUUCCACUUCUCAGAGCCUCGUAGCAGUCAAAUAACUUUUCCUAGCUAUCAUGGGGAAGACACGUGGUAUGGGAGCUGGUCGCAAGCUGAAGACCCACCGUAGGAAUCAAAGGUGGGCAGACAAGGCAUACAAGAAGUCCAACCUUGGAAAUGAAUGGAAGAAGCCGUUUGCUGGGUCUUCCCAUGCUAAAGGAAUUGUUCUUGAGAAGAUUGGUAUUGAAGCUAAGCAGCCUAACUCUGCUAUUCGUAAAUGUGCAAGAGUCCAACUGAUCAAGAACGGGAAGAAGAUUGCUGCCUUUGUACCAAAUGAUGGUUGCUUGAACUACAUAGAAGAAAAUGAUGAGGUUUUGAUUGCUGGAUUUGGACGUAAGGGUCAUGCCGUGGGUGAUAUUCCUGGUGUCAGGUUCAAGGUCGUAAAAGUUUCCGGUGUCUCCCUCUUGGCACUCUUCAAAGAGAAGAAGGAGAAGCCAAGGUCUUAAGGACACAUUUUAUCCAAGUCUCUUAGUUUUUCUAAAGAUUUGCAAUGCUACUUUCUCUUUUUUGAGUGGAUUUUGUGAACCAUUUUUUAUCAUUUUAGUUAAUGUAUCGGCUCGUUGGGCCAUUUUGACCCUAGAAUUUAAAUUUUGUUACUCUUCAAAUCAUUGUGAUCCAUAUCUCUGGUUCAGUAUCUUUGCUUAUGGCCUGGAUUCCAAUAGCUAGUAACAUAUCCUUUCAUUUGCUUAA